ACCGAGAAAAAAAGUCGGGAAAAAUUGGAAAAAGUAGAAAAGAAAAAAGUGUUUAACGAGAGUAACCUUUUGAUAUAAUUUUCAUUCGUUCGAAUAAAAUUAAAUUAUUCAUCGAUAAUAAGAGUUACCAACAUUGAUCUGUGUUCUUUAGAAACCGUAGUCUACUGGUUGUUCCGACAAACGAUCGAUUAAAAAAACAUCAAAAAAGAUUUCACUUUGAAAUAAUUCAUACCAUGGAUGCAUUUCUCAGCUCUCUUUUUGUCAAAUAUUCAAGAAAAACAGUUGUUUGAAUUCGAUUAAAAGAUAGCGUCGAUACUUAAACCAUACUUAAUCAUUUUUAUACACGUUUUUAAACUUUCAAAAAAAUUGUCAAUAAGAAAAAUAAAAAAAUAAUUUAAAAAACUAAUCGUUAUAGUUUCGAAUCGAAAUCAUUGAAUCGACGAUGAAUAAUUAAAAUCGAAACUACGUACUGUCUUUUCCGUGACAACUAUUCGUAAAAGAAAGGGAAAGAGAGAAGUGCUUUCUUUGGCUUUCACUGGAAACUUUUUGUCCGAGAAAGGAACUUUUCUCUCUCUCUUUCUUUCUCUCUCUCUCUCUCUCUUUCUUUCUUUCUUCCUUUCUCUUGUAUAUGUCGUCUCGAUCGAAGGAAAGCUUUUGCAGAAGAAAUUUCGUGAAAGGAAAGAAAAGAAGGAUGGUUUCGGUGUUUGAUGAAGCGAAAAGGGUAAAGAGAAAGAUAGAUCUAUAGAGAUAGAACAGAGAGAGAUAGAGAAAGAGAGAGAGAGAGAGAGAGAGAGAGAGAGAGAGAGAGAGAAGAUAAACCACACCGAAUGUUUCGAGGGCGGUGAACGAGAUCGAUUUGCGGUGAUCGACCGGACACCGAAAAUCGUGGCGCUUAGUUACGCCGAGGACUAAAGCGGAAUUAAGAAUUAACGUUAACCACGAAGCUACUAAUUGGGGACUGGUUUGGCACGAAGGGUGCCAAGAGAAAGGGUUGAAAGGCAGAGUAAAAGUAUCUCCUAACGAAGAAGGGUUCGUCCUUUAACCUUAGAAGAUCAACCGUCACAGAUAGAAGAUCAACUACAUAUAGAAAUUACUUGAUAUAUCGACAAAAAAAAAAUAGAAAAAAGAAAAAUAAUACCAAGUUAAUCUUUUAUAUGAAAUAAAAGAGAUUAUUGAAAGGGUGACCUUUCGAUUGCUUUGGUACAACGUGAAAAAUGGAACAUUCGAAAACGAGAUUCUUUUUAUUAUUAUUAAUACUAUGCGCCAUUGUUGUUGCGUAUAGUGAUCCGGAGAUUGUAAAAAGAACAACGAGGAUACUUGCUUUUCGAAAGGGCAGCACUUUUUUUUACAGAAUGAAUUAUAAGAUAACAUCAUUCCCGAAGAGAACAACAAUUUUCGCCCAGGCUGCUGGCUUCAAGGUCGCGUGGGAGUUACCCACAAGCAACUUCUUGGACAAUCGUGUCGGCAGAUCCCUUUCUGACGUCCACGAGUCCGCGAAGCUCGUUUACGAGAGUCAUGGUUUCAAUGGACACUCCUGUCUUUUGAAGAACAUCUGUCACAUUCUCGAGUACGUAAAAUGGAAGGAUGGCGUUAUGGCGAAGAUAUUGAAAUUAUUCGUUGGGCCAUACAUUAAUAACGACACGUCGACCGAUGCAUCGCCAGAUUUCUGUCGCGUUCACCUCGAAAAUUGUCCAUUAGAGUUUCAAGGGGUCAAUGCUUUUUCAGAGAGAACUUCCGAACCUUCAUCACGUAAUUGAAGAUGAAGAGAAUAUUACAUCUAAUUUUACUCAACGUUCUUAUUAAAAAAAUAGAUUUCGAUCUAUGAUUAUUUUUUGUUCAAUAUAAAAAUCUAGGCAUAAGUAGAUGAAGUUA